CCAGGUCCUUUAUAAAGAGCCCCAAUAUUGGUCACCCGAGCAGCCUCUGCCUCGGAUUGAUCAUUGCCAGGGCAGCGUUCAGUAACAGCCAUGUCUCACGGAUGGGGAUACGGACCGAGCGACGGACCUGACAAGUGGGCAGAAAACUUCCCGCUUGCUAAUGGACCCAGACAGUCUCCCAUCAACAUCGUUACCAAGGAGGCCCAAUAUGAUCCGUCUCUGAAGCGUCUGAAACUCCAGUAUGACCCCUCCAAUGCCAGGGGCAUUCUCAACAAUGGACACUCCUUCCAGGUGGACUUUGUGGACGACACAGACAGCUCCACCCUGACUGGAGGUCCCAUCUCUGGAACAUACCGACUGAAGCAAUUUCAUUUCCACUGGGGAGGCAGUGAUGAUAGAGGCUCUGAGCACACUAUAAACGGCAUCAAGUUUCCUUGUGAGCUUCACCUGGUGCACUGGAAUACCAAAUAUCCCAGCUUUGGGGAGGCUGCUGACAAGCCUGAUGGACUGGCUGUGGUUGGAAUCUUUCUCAAAAUUGGUGCUGCCAACCCCAGGCUUCAGAAAGUUCUGGAUGCUUUGGACUCUAUUAAGACAAAGGGAAAGCAGACAACUUUCUCUAACUUUGAUGCAAGAACUCUUCUUCCUGGUUCUCUGGAUUAUUGGACUUAUGAUGGAUCUUUGACGACCCCACCCCUUUUGGAGAGCGUCACCUGGAUUGUCCUCAGGGAGCCUAUAAGUGUCAGCCCUGCUCAGAUGGCAAAGUUUCGAAGCCUCCUGUUCACUGGAGAAGGAGAGGCCGCAUGCUGCAUGGUGGACAACUUCCGUCCUCCACAGCUCCUCAAGGGCCGUCAAGUCCGUGCUUCCUUUAAGUAAAUCUUAGUUAUACAGCAGGUGUUCCCAAAACCAGGUGUUGGUAACAACCCAUGUAAUCCAUACAUAGAAAAAAUAAAACAAAUCAGUUCAGAAAUUAAAUUAUGAGUAAUAAUAUAAAAUGAAUUGGGCUAUUCUAGCAGUUUUAUGUUCUGUCUCUGCAGCUGGUUGAGAGCUUCCUUGUCUCUGUGUUUGGGAUCAUUGUCCUGCUGAAAUAUCCACCCUUUUUCAUUCUGGCAGCAGACUUUUCUCUAUAAUGUCUGUACACUUUCAUUUAUCAUCAAUUACAUGAAUUCUGCCAAUUAUGUAGAAAAAUAGACCCACAUAUUGAUGUUCCCACCUCCAAACUUGACUAUCUGCAUGGAGCCUAAGUUCAUUUUGUCCUUCAAAUGUGGUGUUUGUUAUGGCAUCCAAAGAGUUCAAUAUUACUCUUAUCUGACCAGUCUAUGUUCUCCCAGUGUUUUACAAGCUUGUCCAAAUGUUGUUCAGCAAACAUUAAACAAGCUUAAACUUUCUUCGACUCCAGAAAUGGAGUUUUGCGUGGUGAGCGUGCAUACAGGCCAUGGCUACUGAGUGCAUUGCUUAUUGUUUUCUGAAACAAUUGUACUUGCCAACUCCAUAUCUUUCUGAAGGGCCCAGUGUAGUUCGAACGAAGUCGAACUGUCAAUGUACAGUCAUGUGGUUUUUGGAUUUUCAUUUUUGCAAAGACCUAUUACGGUCCACAAAACACACUGAGGCGAGCUUCCCUCCCACUGCAGAAUACGCCAUGAUGGUUUUUUGCCAUGUGUGUAAUUUAUAACCAUAGAGUAAACAUAGCGAUCAUGGCAGAGAGACAACUAUUACAAGUUCAGAAGUUCAGAGGAGGAGGGAAUAAUAUUUGACAGUCUGGAAAAUCAAUCUUUUUCCAUGUCAUUAAAAAAACCCAAAAAGACAAAUGUUAGGCAUUGAUGAGCCAUUCUCCUGCUUCAACUGAGAGAAUGGGCAGUGUAAUAUUUCAGUAUGCUUCCUCCUCCUCAUCAAACAAUUUCUUUCUGACUGAAAAAACUGUGCUCUCACUAUCUGACCUUCCUUGCACAGAUAUCAGUCAGAUCAGCGGCCGGUGGAAAUUGUGUGGCAGUUUCCUAAAUGAAUAAACACCCAUGAAAUUCAGACCAAUCACACAAUCUUCCAGAGAGGGGGCAAAAAGUUCACCAGGGGGUGAACAGCAUAAGGAAGAGAACAAAAUGAUGCGAUUUUCUUCAUGCAACUGCAAUAACGAGAACUGUUUUCAGCAAUUUGGCUUCCAUAAGCCAUCAGUUUGGACUGAACCAGCUGAUAUUCAUUUGCACUCAAAAGGGGCAGAAUGUCUUUCUGAUCACUGAUGGAUUUUAACUGGUGUCUUGGCUUUCCAUGUCUUUUUCCACUUCCCUUUCUGUGUGUUCAAUACUUUUCCCUCUUAUUACUACGCAUAACUUAAUGUCUGAACUUGUUUGUUUUGGUUUCUUCUAUAUAUGGAUUACUUCAGUUGUUACAAACACCUGGUCAAAAAGUCAUAUUUAUUAUGACAAAUUGUGAUGUGUUCAAUACGCUGUAUUCCAAAGCGUCUUUAUACCAUAGCUUUCCAUUUCAUGUUCAUUAUUUGAACUAUUAAUACACAAAGACAGCUUUUUAAUUUCCUGCUUGUCUCCAGCUACUUGAAACUUAAACCUUUUGCUUCAUUUUAUCUCUAGAAUGUUUUGCCUUUUUUUCCUCUGAGGAUGAAUAAAUGUCAUUCUGGUCUAACAACACUUUUGGUAAAUCUUAUUUGUAAACUCUGAAACAUUAGAAUAUCAAACUAAACAUGAAUAAACACACCCAUGAAAUUCAUGGGUAUGGUUGUUAUUUAAAAAAAUAUAAUCUUUGAAACUUUGACUAUCUUUAUACUAAGAUUUACUGAGGUCUAAAAAAUAUGACAAAAUGAAUAACGGAAUAUUUUGUUAAUCUUUAACUUAUAAUUAUAUCCUGCCUAUUUGUGAAGUUUGUGGAAUUAUUUCAGAUUUGUUUGGUAAUAAAAGCCUGUGUGUGUUUUGUGAAAUCUUAUCCAUGCUCGAGUGUUUUCUAGGAUUGUAGUCCACUCAUUAAAUUGCUAAAUAAAAGUCGGUAUUGAGAACCU